AUGAAAGUUACUUUUGCGGAUUUAUGGCAUCCUUUGGGUGGAGUAAACAUAACUGAUUUGGGUGCUAAACGCUUUUUAUUUAGGUUUUAUAAUGAAGUUGAUGUUGACAGAGUUUUAUCAGGCUCCCCUUGGCACUUUAACAGAAAAUUAUUGCUAUGGCAAAUGAUUAAAGAUGGAGAGGAUCCUUUACUGAUUUCAUUAAUACAUGCAGAUUUUUGGUUGCAAGUCCAUGACUUGCCAAAGGGAUUUAUGACAGAAACCGCAACAAAUUUAUUAGAAAAUUUUGUGGGCAUUUUUGUGGCAUAUCAUAUUAAAGUCCUUACAAGUUUACAGCCAACCUACUUGAGAAUAUGGGUUCGACUAGAUAUUCGUCAACCACUUAGAAGGAGGAAGAAAUUAAUAUUGCCUUCGGGUGAUGCUAUCUUUGUUAAGUUUAGGUAUGAAAGACUCACAGUCUUAUGUCUCUUAUGCGGCAAAUUAGGCCAUAUGGAUAAUUUUUGUGAGUUAUGUUUACACCUUAAGAAAGAAGAGCUGAGACUAGAGUGGAAUAAUUCCAUUAGAGUUCCUGGGAGGCGACAAGCGGUGAGGGGUAGUAGUUAG